AUUAGUCUACCUGUGCAGAACCCAACUCUUCACGCCAUGUGUCCCAGAGUCCACCCACGCUACCUCUGCCCUCAUCCCCCAUGUGAGGUCUCCCAGCUCCACGUGCAGCCACUCAUAUCACCUCUUAAAACCGGCUCAGUCAGGGCAAUCUGUCGAGCAUGUCUGCCUCCCUCUUUCCCCACAAUAGCCUUCCUCCUGGUCCCAUGUCUACUCUCUCAACCUGUCCUCCCACAGAUCCCUGGAGCAGCUGUCAUCUUCUAAAGCAUGGGGCAUGAAAAACAUCUGUUGCCACCCCACCCCAAAUCCAGGACUCCCUGCUGGUCAAACAGUCAUAGCCAAACUCACGGUACAGCCAAGGAAUCCGAGACAGCUGUGGCAAGCCAUCCCCACCCUACCACAAUAGAUCCUGUUCCUCUACCAUAAUCAAAGUUAAUUCCUGACCUCCCAUAAUGUUUCUUGUUGCUCCAGCCCGUCAAACCCCCAGUCAUGUGAACCUCAGCUCUGUGGGAGGCAUUCCUCACUCCUACUCCACAAUCUCUGCUAGAAGAUUUGUUCAGUUCUACUUACAAGGAGGGCUGAGUGUCUGUAUGUCUUUCCAAACUGAUUUCUGCUGACAGAAGCAGUUUCCGUAUGAAGGCAUUCCCUCACUUGGAUAUUGACAUUAACUAGUGGUGAUACAAAGUAUUUGACUUCAUUAACACAGUUACCUGAGUCAAUUUCUUUCUUUUCCUCCUUCUUCAUUAUGCAGCCCAAAGCGCUUAAACUUCUGGGAAUGGAAGAUGAUGAACCUCCAGCCAAAGGGAAGAAGAAAAAGAAGAAGAAGAAGGAGGAAGAGAUUGACAUUGAUGUGGACGACCCCGCCGUGAGUCGGUUCCAGUAUCCGUUCCAUGAGCUCAUGGUGUGGGCUGUGCUCAUGAAGCGCCAGAAGAUGGCUGUCUUCCUGUGGCAGCGUGGGGAGGAGAGCAUGGCAAAGGCCUUGGUGGCCUGUAAGCUCUACAAGGCCAUGGCCCACGAGUCCUCCGAGAGCGAGCUGGUAGAUGACAUCUCUCAGGAUCUGGACAACAAUUCCAAAGAUUUUGGGCAGCUUGCUGUGGAGCUGUUAGAUCAGUCUUACAAACACGAUGAGCAGGUGGCCAUGAAGCUUCUGACCUACGAGCUCAAAAACUGGAGCAACUCAACCUGCCUCAAGCUGGCUGUGGCGGCCAAGCACCGGGACUUCAUCGCUCACACCUGCAGCCAGAUGCUGCUGACGGACAUGUGGAUGGGAAGGCUCCGCAUGAGGAAGAACCCCGGCCUGAAGGUCAUCAUGGGGAUCCUUCUACCACCCACCAUCCUAUUUUUGGAAUUCCGUACAUAUGAUGACUUCUCAUACCAAACAUCCAAGGAGAAUGAAGAUGGCAAAGAGAAAGAAGAGGAGAAUGUGGAUGCAAAUGCAGAUGCUGGCUCGAGAAAGGGGGAUGAGGAGAAUGAGCACAAAAAGCAGAGGAGCAUUCCCAUUGGAACAAAGAUCUGUGAAUUCUAUAAUGCGCCCAUUGUCAAGUUCUGGUUUUACACAAUCUCCUACCUGGGCUACCUGCUGCUCUUUAACUAUGUCAUUCUGGUGCGGAUGGACGGAUGGCCCUCCCCUCAAGAGUGGAUUGUCAUCUCCUACAUCGUGAGCCUGGCGUUAGAGAAAAUACGAGAGAUCCUCAUGUCGGAACCAGGCAAACUCAGCCAGAAAAUCAAAGUGUGGCUUCAGGAGUACUGGAACAUCACAGACCUCGUGGCCAUUUCUAUGUUCAUGGUUGGGGCCAUCCUCCGCCUCCAGAACCAGCCAUACAUGGGCUAUGGCCGGGUCAUCUACUGUGUGGACAUCAUCCUCUGGUACAUCCGAGUGUUAGACAUCUUUGGUGUCAACAAAUACCUUGGUCCCUACGUGAUGAUGAUUGGAAAGAUGAUGAUUGACAUGCUGUACUUUGUGGUCAUCAUGCUGGUUGUGCUGAUGAGUUUUGGAGUAGCUCGCCAAGCCAUCUUGCACCCAGAGGAGAAGCCUUCUUGGAAAUUGGCUCGAAACAUCUUCUACAUGCCCUAUUGGAUGAUCUACGGAGAGGUGUUUGCAGACCAGAUAGACCUGUACGCCAUGGAAAUUAACCCUCCUUGUGGUGAAAAUCUCUAUGAUGAGGAAGGCAAGCGACUCCCUCCCUGCAUCCCUGGUGCCUGGCUCACACCUGCCCUCAUGGCCUGCUAUCUCCUGGUGGCCAACAUCCUGCUGGUCAACCUACUGAUUGCUGUUUUCAACAACACCUUCUUUGAAGUCAAGUCGAUAUCUAAUCAAGUGUGGAAGUUCCAGCGAUACCAACUGAUCAUGACAUUUCAUGACAGGCCAGUCCUGCCCCCGCCAAUGAUCAUUUUAAGCCACAUCUAUAUCAUCAUUAUGCGCCUCAGUGGUCGCUGCAGAAGAAAAAGAGAAGGGGACCAGGAGGAACGGGACCGUGGGUUGAAGCUGUUCCUCAGUGACGACGAGUUGAAGAAACUACAUGAGUUUGAGGAGCAGUGCGUGCAGGAGCACUUCCGGGAAAAGGAGGAUGAGCAGCAGUCGUCCAGUGACGAGCGCAUCCGGGUCACGUGCGAGAGAGUUGAAAAUAUGUCAAUGAGGUUGGAGGAAAUCAAUGAAAGAGAAAAUUUCAUGAAAACAUCUCUGCAGACUGUUGACCUUCGGCUUUCUCAGCUGGAAGAGCUGUCGGGCAGGAUGGUGAGCGCUCUGGAGAAUCUGGCGGGCAUUGACAGGUCUGAUCUGAUCCAGGCUCGGUCGCGAGCAUCCUCAGAAUGCGAGGCCACCUACCUGCUGCGGCAGAGCAGCAUCAACAGCGCGGAUGGCUACAGCAUGUACCGCUACCAUUUCAAUGGCGAGGAGCUUCUGUUUGAGGAGCCUGCCCUCUCCACGGCUCCAGGGUCGGCGUUCCGGAAAAAAACCUGUUCCUUCCGCGUGAAGGAAGAGGAUGCAAAGUCGCACCUGGACCAGCCGGGUAGCCUGCACCACACCCCGGGCCCCAGCCCGCCCGCCACUCCAGGCCGCAGCCGGCUUGCCCUGGACGGCCCCAUAAGCGCAGAGUCCAGACCGGGACUGGACCCCGGAACCUCCACUGGCGAGCUUGACCUCAAGAGCGCAGAAGCUGCACCGACUGUGAAUGCAGCCGCUGUUGCAGGCACUCAGCUGACGGUCGAAAGCACCCUUUCCCACCAGCUGCGGGAGAGCAAACUCGCGCGCUACUACCCGGGAGACCCCAACGCCUACAAAACAAUGAAGUCCAGGAGCUUCGUCUAUUCUGAGGGCAGAAAGCUGGUCCGGGGACUCAGCAACUGGGGUGCCGAGUACAGUUCAAUCAUGGACCAAGCAUGGAACUUCCACUCGGCCGAAUGGAAAUGCCAAGUCCAAAGGAUCACGCGCUCGCGCAGCACAGACAUCCCAUACAUUGUGUCAGAAGCAGCGGCGCCAGAUGAGCUUGAAGAUGAGCGCAGCGGUCCUCUUCUGGCUCCUCAGAUCUCCCGGUCAGCCCUCACGGUUGCCGCUGACAGGACUGAAAAGGAAAACUUACUGUCUGUGAAGCCUCACCAGGCUUUAGGAUUCCCCUGCCUACGGUCAAGAAGUCUGCACGGCCAUCCUAGGAGUGCUGGAGCCACGCCUAGCAAGUUAGACAGGGCAGGACAUGCUGGCAGCGCGAUCAAUUUAGCGGUCGUGUCUGUUGCUCCAGAGGGACAAAAUGCUGAGCAAGAGAAAAGGAACACGGAAACUGAAUGCUAAUCUGUUCUGCUUCUCUAAUUCAAGCCACCGCCACAAAAACAAAGCAACACACUCACAACCAGAACCACGAACGGGUGCCAUCUUGGCCACCCAAAACAUUAUCGAUGUUCAGAAAUGCUUUCAUUUAAAAAAAAAAAAAACUGAUAAAUAUUUAAAUUGUAAUGGACUUACAACCGUGUCUUGUUAAGCACGUUUUACUCAACUGUGUUGUUUUUAGUUGGAGUAGAACAGAAUGAAAGUGAUACUGCCAGGUUAGGUUAGGGCUGUAGGCUUGCCCAGUGUACCCCAAAUCCCGAGAUUCAGACUCCAGCAGGACACGGACUGUGUGCAGUGUGGUACAUCUAGACAGUUGUGAUCCUAGCACUUCAUAGGGGUGGAGGUAGGAGAAUCAGAAAGUCAACAGUCAUCUUGGCUCUGUAGCAAGUUCCAGGCCAGCCUGGGCUUCCUAAGACUGUCAAAAACAAACAAAUAAAUAAAAGAUCAUAGUCACUAUCGAGACUGCAUGAGCUCUUUGUUCUGGGGGCCACCCGCAGUCUGGCAGAGGCCUUAAGGUACUGAAGUCACUACUGAGUCGCUUAAUGAGUAAUGACAGAUAAGUUAAAUAGUAGGUGUGAAAAAAGGAAGGGAAGAAAAAAAUUCAGUAGAAAUGAGCAGUAGCUACACCCUUUGUAUGUUUUGAUGAGUUUUUGCUGGUUUAUGUUUUAAAAUCAUACAAAGCGGGAAAGCAGAGAAUUCUAUCAAACCUCAUGUUCUAAUAAUAUAGGAUGACUGAGUUUUGUGAAUGCAAGGUU